AUUGUGCUGAAGUAAGAAGAAUGAGCCGUGUGGAGGGUCUGAGGGCUGACUCCCCUCAGUUCACUCUGGAGGGAGAGCCUUUCCGCAUCCUGGGAGGCUCUAUACAUUACUUCCGUGUCCCCAGAGCCUACUGGGAGGACCGGCUGCUGAAGAUGAGGGCCUGUGGUCUCAAUACUCUCACAACAUAUGUGCCAUGGAACCUGCAUGAACCUGAGAGAGGAACAUUCAACUUUCAGGAUCAGUUGGACCUCAGGGCUUAUGUCAGUUUAGCAGCAGAGAUGGGUCUUUGGGUGAUCCUGCGUCCUGGACCUUACAUUUGUGCUGAAUGGGACUUGGGUGGGUUGCCUAGCUGGUUGUUACAAGAUAAAAACAUGCAGUUGAGGACAACAUAUCCUGGAUUUGUAGAUGCUGUCAACCUGUACUUUGACAAACUUGUCUCAGUGAUCAAACCCAUGAUGUUUGAAGAAGGAGGCCCAAUCAUUGCAGUUCAACUCGAGAACGAAUAUGGAUCAUAUGCCAAAGAUGAAAGAUACAUGCCGUUUAUAAAAGAAUGCCUCCAGUCUAGAGGGAUCAAUGAGCUCCUGCUGACUUCAGACAACUGGGAAGGCUUGAGAUAUGGAGGGAUGGAGGGAGUUCUAAAAACCAUAAACCUUCAAAGACUGUCAUUUGGAGCGAUUCAGUGCUUAGCUGACAUGCAGCCACAGAAACCUCUGAUGGUUAUGGAGUAUUGGUGUGGGUGGUUUGACGUCUGGGGAGAGCAUCACCAUGUUUUCCAUGCUGAGGACAUGCUAGCUGUGGUGUCAGAGAUCCUGGAGAGAGGUGUAUCCAUUAACCUGUACAUGUUCCAUGGUGGAACCAGCUUCAGCUUCAUGAAUGGAGCGAUGGACUUUGGCACCUACAAACCUCAGAUCACCAGUUAUGACUAUGAUGCUCCCUUAGCUGAGGCUGGAGACUGUACCACAAAAUAUCAUCUGUUGAGGAACUUAUUCAGCCAGUACCACUCUGAGCCUCUUCCUGAAGUGCCCUCUCCUCAGGAGAGGAGAGCAUAUGAUGCUGUUGUCAUCCAGCAGUACCUGUCACUGUGGGACAGCUUGCACUUCACCGAAAAGCCAUACAGGUCAGAAAGGCCGGUGAACAUGGAGAAUCUCCCUGUCAACAACAACAAUGGUCAGUCAUAUGGUUACACGCUGUAUGAAACCACCAUCACAUGUGGAGGAGCCCUCAACUCCAAGAACAGCAUCAGAGACAGAGCACUGGUUUUUGUGGACAGACAAUGUGUCGGUAGUUUGGACUACAAGAUUCAGGAGCUGACACUCCCUGACGGACAGGGAGACAGGACAUUGAGUUUACUUGUGGAGAACUGUGGAAGAGUGAAUUAUGGAAAAGCUCUAGAUGAACAGCGCAAAGGUAUUGUGGGAGACAUUGUGUUGAAUCACACCCCUUUGAGAGGAUUCACCAUCUUCUGUUUAGAUAUGAAGCCAGGCUUUAUUAAAAGGUUAACAAAUUCAGGUCAGUGGAAGAGUGAUUUCAAGUCACCCACGCUCCCAGGGUUUUUCCAGGCCAGAUUACAUGUGGACGGCCCUCCCAGAGACACCUUCAUCAGACUCCCUGGUUGGGGUAAAGGAGCUGUGUUUGUCAAUGGACAGAACCUUGGACGCCACUGGUUCAUUGGUCCCCAGAAUUUCCUUUACCUCCCAGGACCCUGGCUCAGAAGCGGAGAGAAUCAGAUCAUUGUAUUUGAGGAACAAAAAGCAGAUGACAAAAUACAGUUUGCUGAAAAUCCUGAACAUGGAAGGACAACUGAUGUUUACAAACUUCCCUUUUGCACAUUGCUGUGAAAAUAAUAAAAUAAUCACUAAAACAAACAAACAAACAAACACACACACACACACACACACACACA